UUUGCGGAAAAGAGUUGGUGAUGGGUUUGGGCCAUCAUGAACUAUUAUCCAGACGAAUAGAUUGAGCCCUAAUUUAGUUUCUUUGUGCCCUUUAAAACCUCACUGACUUAGAAAACUGUAAAAACCCUAGAACAAAAUCGGUGCUCUCAAGAAAUAGAUCUGCAGCCGAAGAACAACAACAGCCAUGGGUAAGGUUCACGGAUCUUUGGCUCGUGCCGGAAAAGUGAGAGGUCAAACCCCUAAAGUUGCUAAGCAAGACAAGAAGAAGAAGCCUCGUGGUCGCGCUCAUAAGCGUAUGCAGUACAACCGCCGUUUCGUCACCGCUGUUGUUGGAUUCGGCAAGAAGAGAGGACCAAACUCUUCAGAGAAGUAAGAUAAGCUAGUGGUUGCAGCAACAAUGUGAUUUCCAGGAUAUCUUUAGUAGCACUUCUUAUUUUUGAAUAUGGAUUUUGUGUAUUCCUAAAAUGCUAUUCAUUUUUUUGGUUGGCCAGUGAAGUUUUGGUGCACUAAUAUAAUCUAAGUUCUGUCACCUUUGCACAA